UUUAUAUGUAGUAGAAACAUGCAAAACAUUUUAUUAAACUUGUUCACAGUCAUAUAGACAUUUGAAUUCAAUUCCAAAGAUAAGCUGAUGCUUAUUUUCAAGUACAAUGUUGUGGUUUGGGGUUUUCUUUAUGAAUCCAACCUUAUAUUUGUGCAGAUACUUGAUUCUUUUCACAGGCAUCAGGGAUGUGUUAAUGCCUCACAUGUUAACCUAUAGUUUGAAUUUUGUGAUAUUUUUAGUUGUAAACAAAACAGGAAAACUGACAUGUUAUAGUUUAGGAACUGGUCAUUUGUAACUUUGAAUCAGUAGAAAUGGAAUUAAAAUUAUAAUAAUACAAUUGGUUUACUUUAUACUUUUUAGGCAAGCAUGUCUUUUCUCCUCCCCACCAAAUGGUGCUGUAUCUUUGGGCAAAGGGUUGCUCAGACUGAAGUCUUAGACUGUGAAGGGGAGGGAAGGAAAAAAUUAUGCUCUCAUGUCUUGAAUGUUAUUUGUGAAGUUGUCUUAUGUGCAUUAUGUUCAUGUACUUUUCAUCAAAUUUCUGUUCUUCAUGGGGAAUGCAUUUUGUAGACUUGAGAAUUUUUCCCAGCUCAAGUCCCUCUGGCAAUUAUAGAAGCUUAUGCCUGAAACCCCACUCUUUUCCAUGGUCCUUUUUACUUCUUUUUCCUGUAAUACAAGUUUACUUUCCAGGCUCUCUUAUGCACUGCUGAUUGUAAAGGGCCCUUUACCUCAGGAUUCUAGAACCCAGGACCUAUGACUGUCAAUUCUGUGCUUUUGGGUAUUCCUGGGCCUGCCUCUGUUAUUCCCACUUUAUUUCUAUAGUUUACAGACCCUCUUAGCUCUUUCAGCAAAACAUAAUUUUUCAUUUUUAAUUGGCUAGGUUUCCUCUCAUCCCACAGAGCCAGAGCUUAGCUUUGCAGCUAUUCAUUUCACUUGCCAUUCCUCUGCUCCUAAUUUUUUUUUUAAACAUGGUAAAUAAAGUGUAAUUUAUUUACCCCAAGAAAACGUCCUUAUUUACCCCAAGAAAACGUCCUUAUCAGCCAACACUUCCUGAACACUUACUUGGUUCAUUGGAAACAUGUUAAAUUUCUCUUGACCAGACUUUUAGUAUAAUGUUGAAGUCACUGGUUUUUCCUUUCUCUUUUAUGUGUGUCUUGCUGUAGUUCUGUGUUUAUUUCCCUCUUUUUCAGAUAUGGAGAAGCUGUCCAACUGCUUAAAAGGAUGUGCCAAAUGUCUCCGGAAUGUGUCCACCACUGUUGGACCUGCCCCGGGGCCUGCACUGCCUCGGGGAGGAAAAGGAUGCACCUGGAUGGGAAACCUGCACCAGGAAUGUCCUUUAGAUGCCUUGGCAGCGGGACCCAGCUUCUCUCUGGCUGGUGCCCUGUGCCACUGCCCUCUGGCCCUGUCUAUCGAAUAUGCAGUCCAGGCUUAGAGCUGCCUCUGGCAAAGUGUUACUCUUCUGGAAGCAGGAAAAGUUUCCUUUCUGGCUUGAUAGAAAAUAUUAAACAAGAAUUAGCAAAAAACAAGGAAAUGAAAGAAAGUAUAAAAAAAUUCAGAGAUGAAGCUAAGAAAUUAGAAGAAUCAGAUGCACUUCAGGAAGCAAGAAGGAAAUAUAAAACCAUUGAGUCUGAAACAGUCAAAACAUCUGAAGUAAUUAGGAAAAAAAUUGGAGCAUUCACUGGGACAGUGAAAGAGAGUUUGGAUGAAGUAAGUAAAAGCGACCUUGGCCGAAAAAUUCUAGAAGGCAUGGAAGAAGCAGCCAAAACAGCCAAACAGUCUGCAGAGUCAGUGACCCGAGGUGGGGAGAAGUUGGGCAAAACAGCUGCCUUCAAAGCCAUUUCUCAGGGAGUUGAAAGUGUGAAGAAGGAACUAGAUCAAAGUGUCCUAGGGCAGACAGGUCCCUACCGAAGACCAGAGCGACUGCGAAAACGGACUGAAUUAUCUGGAGUGAAAAUCAAAGAGGAUAAAGUAUUUGAACCCAAUGAGGAAGCGAUGGGAGUUGUGUUGCACAAGGAUUCAAAAUGGUAUCAACAGUGGAAAGAUUUCAAGGACAACAAUGUCGUCUUUAAUAGAUUCUUUGAGAUGAAGAUGAAAUAUGAUGAAAGUGAUAAUACCUUCAUCCGGUUAUCUCGAGCAGUGACAGACAAGAUGACUGAUUUAAUAGGUGGCCUAUUCUCAAAGACAGAGAUGUCUGAAGUUCUUACUGAAAUCCUCAAAGUGGAUCCAACUUUUGACAAAGAUAAGUUUCUGCAGCAGUGUGAACGUGAUAUCAUCCCCAAUGUCCUGGAGGCGAUGAUAAGUGGAGAGCUGGAUAUCCUCAAAGACUGGUGCUAUGAAGCAACAUACAAUCAGGUGGCUCAUCCCAUCCACCAAGCGAAGUCCAUGGGCCUGCAGUUCCAUUCUAGGAUUCUAGACAUCAGCAAUGUUGAUUUGGCGAUGGGAAAAAUGAUGGAACAAGGACCGGUACUAAUCAUCACAUUCCAGGCCCAGCUGGUGAUGGUGAUCAGGAACCCCCAUGGAGAAGUGGUAGAAGGAGAUCCGGAUAAAGUAUUGCGUAUGCUGUACGUUUGGGCCCUGUGUAGAGACCAGACUGAGCUGAACCCCUAUGCAGCCUGGAGGCUGCUGGACAUUUCUGCCUCAAGCACAGAGCAGAUUCUCUGAAGACAAAUGUCGGGGACCUGCUGGACUGUGCUCUCUUGUUCUCCCAGCAAGGGCCCCACCGCUGUCAGAAGCUUCAGGAUGCAAGACCAUCUGGCUCCUGCAGGGCACUUUGUGACCCUUCGCUUUCCAGGAGCCAGUGUGAAAUGAGGGGAGGGAGGGUGCUGAGUGAGAUAAGGACAUGAGAAAUUUUCCUUCGGGGAAUACAGUUGACUAG